GCCAGAGCGCAGAGUACUUGCCAGCGGCUGCUGAAGAUGCUAAGUUUCUCCUGGGUGCUUCUCCCGCUGGUUGCUUCUAUCCACCCGGAAUGCAAGAUAUUCCAACAGGUGGUGAAAGACCAGGCUCUAUGUUUAGAAAAAAAUGAAGCUACUUUACCCAACUUAAAAGGAUGCCCAGGGGAUUGGGAUGGACUGAGUUGCUGGCCCAAAGCCACUUUUGGAGAAGUGGUAAAAGUUGCAUGCCCGGGUUUCUUUGAAGAAAUCACCAACAUACAGGGCUUUCUGCAAAGAAACUGUACACAAGAGGCAUAUUGGUCAGAACCGUACCCACCGUACUCUAUUGCCUGCGGAUUUGAUGAAGGUUCCAGUAAAGGCCCUGAAGAUCAGAAAUCAUAUUAUUCUGCAUUUUGGCAUGUCUACACUGCUGGCUAUGCGACAUCUCUGACUUCACUCAUUACAGCUCUCGUUAUCUUUGCCAUCUUCAGAAAAUUCCACUGUACACGGAAUUACAUCCACAUGCAUCUGUUUGUCUCUUUCAUCCUUCGAGCCACUGCUGUUUUCAUUAAAGAUGCUGUUUUGUUUGCUGAUGAAAAUAUGGACCACUGCUUAAUGUCAACGGUUGCAUGUAAGGUUGCAGUGGCAUUCUUUCAGUUCAGCAUUUUAGCCAACUUCUUCUGGCUCCUGGUAGAAGGGAUGUACUUGCAAACACUGCUGCUGUUGACAUUUGUUUCUGAUAAACAGUACGUGUGGUGGUUCAUUUUGAUUGGCUGGGGUUAGUACACUCAUGUUUUCUCCCUUUGUUUGUAUAUAUCAGGUAAUUAUUUAGUUUCCUGUUUCAGAUGCUGGGAUGAUGAUGAUGAGAAUACAGCAGUGUUAUGGAUCAUCAGGGGACCCAUACUGCUAUCUGUAUUAAUUAACUUUAUUAUAUUUGUCAAUGUGAUCAGAAUUCUGGUGCAGAAAUUACAAUCUCCGGAAGUCAGCGGCAGCCAGUCUAGUCAUUUUGUGAGACUAGCUAAAUCCACCCUGCUCCUGAUCCCACUCUUUGGAGUGCACUAUAUCGUGUUUGCGUUUUGCCCAGAAAGCACUGGAUUGGAAGCUAGACUUUAUAUUGAGCUGGGCUUGGGCUCCUUUCAGGGCUUUGUUGUCGCCCUUCUAUAUUGCUUCUUAAAUGGAGAGGUUCAGGUCGAAUUAAAGAAGCGACUGCGUAAGUGGCAAUACCAAGAGUACCUGAACUUCACCCGCAAACCUCGGCGCAUGUCUAGAGAAAACAGCCCUGUUAACUACGUCACUCAGUUAUCACUGCUUGAAAAAAUCAGCCCCAAGAGGAAAACCUCCCUCUUCCGGAAUGGCACAUCCUCCGUGUGAGCCUCCCAGAGCAAGCUCGGUGGUUACAGUAUUGUCUCCUGAAAAAUGAACGGAGGGAUGGCCGAUAUGGAGUCUCUUGACCGGGUCAAGCGAGGUCAAUGGCAAUCAAUCAGAACUAUGCAGUACGAAUCUUCAAAUGAACAUCAACUUGACUGAGCCCCCGUUAAAAAGAAAUACUGUGGA